AAGAAGGCAUAUGACAAUGUAGUAAACCUUUUGAAAAGCAAGCGCUCUCAACUCUUCUCGACCGCCAUUUUGGAUCACUUUGAAAUAAAAGUCUACUACGCAUGCGCAACAUAUGCUCCUCGUGUCAACUACCUCUUAUUGUGCAUUUAACGAAUAUUCAGCGUUCCGCGAUGUUCUCUUUGGUGCGUUAUGCAAAGUACACGCUGUACCUUGCAACCUUCAUAACAGCCAUUCUAAUAUUAUCGGACCGAAACAGACAGAUUAAGCGAUCCAGUAACUGGGAAAGUGAGGUGGAGAUAUUUUUGGACAAGGGGGGACGCGUUUCUGACUUGAUGCCCUCGGAGUUUGCACCUGUGGAGUCGAUACCGGGGUAUAAGAAAGUCCCAAGAGCAACCUUGGGAGAGACUGGUGACUACUUUGAUAAGGAGGUGUUUAACAUCACUGUCGCCCAGGCCGAGUGCGACAGAGACGAGGGCUGCAAGGCAUUUGUUUACCACAGGGAGCCUAGUAAACCAGGUCAAGCGUUUAUGAAGCAAACUGUAGGAAAACCGUUAAAAUCAAACGAAACAGAUUUGUACAUCAAGUCUAAGCAUGUGGUGUUGUACCUGAGGGGUAAGUACCGUAAUCUCUAUAAUAUGAAUGUAGGGAGACAAUAA